CAAAGAUGAGGUGGAUAGUACUCUUUGCUCUCUGCCUGGCGAUCGCGAUCGCUGCCCCUGCCUCGCAAAGUGCGGAUUACAAGCCAGCAGCAGAUCGAUUAGACCUUGGACGAGAUCGGGAUGAUGAUGAUGAUGAUGACGACAACGAUGACUUGAGGCGAUACGGGAACGACAACAGACCAGUCGCCGAUCGGAGAGACGGUGCCGACCGAAGCGACUUGGGGUCAUACAGUGCUUACAACAACCCGUCGAAUCGAUACGCCAACAGAUACGAUAACAACAGAAAUUACUACGCUAGAAGCAGAAGUAACUAUAAUAGAUACGAUGGCGGCCUGAAUGAUAGAAAUAAUAACGACAGGAAUGACAACUACAGGUACGAUAAUGACAGGAAUGAUGAUGAUAGAUACGACUCACCAACCAACCGUAGAUGCCGAAAAUGUGGAUCAUCAUACCAAGAAGGCGAUAGACGCGACAACGAUGCAUAUGACCGACGGGACAGAGACAACAGUGCAUUAAGCAGAUACGAAGCUUACGCACGAAGCAGAUAUUAUAGGAGCGCGAGGAAUAAACGCGAAAACAGCAAUAGAGCGUACGACAGAUCGGCGGGAUAUUAUGAAAACCGAUAUGGAUUAAAUUCUAGACGAAGUUACAGCCCAUACCCGUACAAUUUGCUAGAACAAGCUGGUAUUAACAGCCUAGAUGAUGAUAAUCUAGCUGAUGACCUAUAUAAUAACAACUACAGGCGAGACAACAAUGAUGAUAGAAAUGACGAUGACAGGAAUGAUGAUGACAGGAAUGAUGAUGACAGGAAUGAUGAUGACAGGAAUGAUGGUAAUAGAAAUGAUGAUGAUAGAAAUGACGAUGAUAGAAACGAUGAUAAUAGAAACGAUGAUGAUAGAAAUGAUGAUGACAGACUAGAUAACAAUAGGAGAUCUGACGACAGAAACAAUAAUAACCGAAGGGAUGACGGUAGUAGUGAUAAUGACAGAAGAUAUGAUGGCAUUAAUGAUAAUGACAGAAGAUAUGACGGCAGUAGUGAUAAUGACAGAAGGUAUGACUACAGAAGGAAUAAUGCCAUAAGAGAUAAUGACAGGAGGGAUGACAAUAGGAGAGAUGACGACAGGAGAGAUGACGACAGGAGAGAUGACGAUAGAAAUGAUGAUGACAGAAGAGAUAACAACAGGAGGGAUGAUGACAGAAGGGAUAAUGAUAGAAGAUAUGACGACAGGAGAGAUGACAACAGAAAGGAUGAUAACUGGGGAGAUGACGUCAGAAGGGAUGAUGACAGAAGAGAUGAUAACAGGAGGGAUGACGACAAAACAGCUGAUAACAGAAGGGAUGGCGACAGAAGGGACGACGACAGACGGGAUGAUGACAGAAGGGAUGACGACAGAAGGGAUGUCGACAAACGGUCUGAUGACGGGAGGGAUGACGACAGAAGGAAUAAUGACAGACGGGACGACAGCAGAAGAGACGACAAUAGAAGAGAUAAUGACAGAAGAGAUAAUGACAGAAGGGAUAAUGACAGAAGAUAUGACGACCGGAGAGAUGAUAACAGAAGUCGCAAUGACAGAAGACAAAGCGACCGGAGGGAUGACGACAGAAGAGACAGAAGAUAUGACGACAGAAGGGAUAACGACAGGCGAUAUAAUGACAGGCGUCUUAGGGGUAAUAAUGACUAUAGGCAAGCACGAUACCGCGACAAUUACUAUGAUCAGAAGAAAUGAAACGAUCACACAUCUCAAUAAAUAUAACAAGACACCGGCAAUGAUUAUGGAAACACGAUUAUAUGUUAAAUAAGUAAUUAAUCAAUGUAUUAUUAAAGAGCAUAGCUGCAGCACAA